AUGGCUGACAAAGAAACCAGGACCGUGCUCUGGGGUGCUGAGCUAAAUCAGGAGAAGCGGUCUUGCACCUUCAAGCCCCAGCUGGAGAAGAAAGAGAGCUGUAGGCUGGUGAUCAGUACGAUCUGCCUGAGUGAGAAAGCCAAAGAAGAGCUGAACCGGGUGGAGGUCCUGGCCCCACCAAGCAUGGAGGACAGGAAGUCACAGCCCAUCACUAUUGCCUCGCUGAAGCCCUCUGUCCUGCCCAUGGUCACCAUGUCAAGAGUAGAGCUUUCUCCUCCAGUCACUUUUCAUCUUCGGGCUGGCUCAGGACCUGUGUUCCUCAGUGGGCAGGAGUGCUACGAGAUUUCAGACUUAUCCUGGGUUGACGAAGAAGGGGAGGAAGAAAUUGAGGAAGAGGAGGAGGAAGACUUUGAGGACGAAGAUGUAGAUGUGUCUCUAGAGGACACCCCUGUCCACCAUGGGAAGAGGCUGGUACCCCACAAGCACAUAAGCGUGACUAAGAAAAAAAAGCUGGAAAAAGAAGAAGAGGCAGCAAGGUCUACUUCAGGUCUAGACAAGAGCCCUGGGAAAAAGGCCAAAAUCACAAUGAAAAUUAAGAAACUGGCAGUCAAGAAAUGA